AUGGUUAGGACUAAAGGCUUAGGUCGUGCCUUAGGUAGGGUUGUUAACAGAGGUCUUGGCAGAGGGGAUCAUGAUGAUCCUGAUGGUGCUCCCCAGUGGCGAAGUCCUAUCGCAUCGGCAUGCAAGCAAUUGGUGUCGGUCACUGUUGUCGAUGAUGAGCCAGUGGUACCUGUGGACAUUGGUGCAGACACCGGUGCAAAGGCUGCUGCAGAUGAGUCUGAGGGAUUUCCUGGUGGACCGACCGACCCAUCCGUGCUUACCGAGUAUGCUGAGCAUGUUGUAGCCAUCGUAUGGACGGGAGAGGAACGUCCUGAGUUAAAGUUGUCCUCCCAUAGGAGGAAGGUGCAGAAAUUAGGUAGGCCUAUCCCUACAAUUGAGGGGCUAGUUGCUAGGACAGGACUAAGUCCUUUGAUCGCGUGUUCAGUAGACACUGGAAAUCGGGGACUUAUAUCCUCGUUUGUGGAGAGGUGGCAUCGGGAGACGAGUAGUUUCCAUCUUCCUGUGGGAGAGGUUACCAUCACACUGGAGGAUGUGGCAUCUCUUCUUCAUCUAUCGAUCGUUGACGCCCUGCGUGACCUUAGUCAGACUGGGAGGUAUGCAUGGGGAGUUGCUGCCCUGGUGCAUAUGUACGAUCACCUGAAUGAUACUUGUAUCAGCACCAGCCGACAGGUUGCUGGUUACAUCACCCUGUUACAAUGUUGGAUAUAUGAGCACUUUCCGUCAGUUGCAGAGUGCAACGCUGAUUCAGACUACGACGAGGCUUCACCACGUGCAUGUCGGUGGAUUGCUACGAAGAAGACUGUGAAAAGCAUAUCUACAGAGACGUACAAGCAGCGCAUGGAUCGACUCAAGAUUCCCGAUGGGCCCGUUGUUGUCAGAUACCGACCAGAGAGGGCCAUGCGCCAGUUUGGAUACGUCCAGAGUAUUCAUGAUCUGCCUGUCGAUUCAUGGGUGUCAUUUGACGAGAUAGAUGGCAGGUGGAUGCACUACUCAGACCAUCUUGUGCCAGCAGGUGAGAUGUGUGUUGUGCCAGGUCAGUGUGCGCCCGACUACAUCGACUGGUUCUUCGUCAUUUCUCAUCCAUUCAUGACCGCGACACAGACAUCAAAUCCUUCACAAGAUGCACCUGCUACGCAGCCCAAACGUAUCCCUCAUAUCCCUCAGGUCCCGGAGCCAGCAGCAGCAUCGACACUUGCCAGGUCUGAUGUGGACGAGCCCAGACAUGCAGUGGAGGCUUGUCAUGCGAUCGCUGAGAGGUUGGAGCGUCAUCUCAACCUAGGGGUAGUCGCGCCAGGCAGAUUGACACAUGAGGUCAUCGAACAAUGCCUCAGGAUUGUCAGGGGUGUCACAGAAGACCACAUUGUGUAUGUGAGGUCUCGACGUAGGCGGCGCACGGAUCAGCCAUAG